AUGUGGGGAUCGGGUGCCGAUGAAAGUGAGGAGACGGAUGACGCAAGGCAAUCCGAAGUUGUACCCACCCAUGCUCAAGCAGACAGCAAUACCACCAAUGCAUCCAGCCAGCCCAUGGCCAAUCCUGAGGCAGUGAAUAUCGCGGCUACGACUACUUCUACCAGAAAUGACGAGGUUGCGCAUGCCAUCGACGGUGUCAUGCCGACCACCACCUCUUCUCCCAUAGCCAGCAUGCCAUCCUCCACGUCAUCCACCACAAAGUGCACCACCCAAGCCCGUGAUAGUGGAACAGCGUGCAAGAAGCCCAGAACUGGACAGCCGCUGAGGGACUUCAUCAAUGUCAUCACUGCUCCUGACGGUUCUGGCAUUGCAGUUCAGAAGAAGCCUUGCAAGACGCGCUCUGACAAGGGGGUGAAGAAGGGGCUGAGGAAGCAGCGUGCAUUGACAGGUGAAAAUGCUAACCCCUCUGCAGCUUCCGGAACUGCUUCCCCCUCUGCAGCUUCCGGAACCGCUUCCUCCACGGCUGCGACCACCUCCGCGACCACGACUACCUCCGCGACCACGACUACCUCUGCAACCACGACUGCGACUGCCUCCGCGACUGCCAUCGCGCCUACCUCCCCUGCCACUGCAGCUAGUGUGCUGCCGAGCACUUAG